CCAAAAAGUGCCCCCAAAUGGCCCCAAAGAGCCUCAAAACGGCCAAAAACGGUCCAAAAAUGGCCUGAAACGGCCCCAAAACGGCCAAAAUGGCCUAAAGUGGCCCAAAACGGCCCCAAAAAUGGCCUAAAGUGGCCCAAAACGGCCAAAAAUGGCCUAAAGUGGCCCAAAACGGCCCCAAACGGCCAAAAAUGGCCUAAAGUGGCCCAAAACGGCCCCAAACUGGCCCAAACUGGCCCAAACUGGCCCAAAGCGGAGCAGGAGGGGGCGGGGCCGCCCCGGCCCCUCCCCCCGCCCCUCCCCCCCCCCAUUUUCCGGGGUUGGAGGGGUCCGGAUCCUUUUUUUAUUUUUUAUUUUUUUUUUAAUUGUUUUUAAUUGUUGUUUUUAAGGCGAUUUCCCUGAUUUUUUUUUUUUUUUAAUUUUUUAUUUUUAAAUUUUUUUAUUUUUCACGUUUUUUUCCCGGCCUCUUCGGCCCAGCCCCGCCCCCUUUAGCACCGAAGCCCCGCCCCCCCGCGUUUUGGCCACGCCCCCUCCCCUCCCCCCCCGCCCCUCCCCCACUGCCGCCGCCGACCCACGGACGCCCCUCCCCCCCCUCCGGAGCCCCUCCCCCCACGGCCACGCCCCUCCCCCCCGCGGCCAUGGCCAGCAACGUGACCAACAAGACGGACCCGCGGUCGCUCAACUCGCGCGUCUUCAUCGGCAACCUCAACACGCUGGUGGUGAAGAAGAGCGACGUGGAGGCCAUCUUCUCCAAGUACGGCAAGAUCGUCGGCUGCUCCGUGCACAAGGGCUUCGCCUUCGUGCAGUACGUCAACGAGCGCAACGCCCGCGCCGCCGUGGCCGGCGAGGACGGCCGCAUGAUCGCCGGCCAGGUGCUAGACAUCAACCUGGCGGCCGAGCCGAAGGUGAACCGGGGCAAGGCGGGGGUGAAGCGCUCGGCGGCCGAGAUGUACGGGUCAGUACCCGCCCCCCCGUCACCGUCCCCCCUCGUCAGGUCAUCGUUUGACCUGGACUACGACUUCCAGCGGGAUUACUAUGACCGGUACCAGUAUAAACCAGUACAGAGCGGGAUGUACAGCUACCCCGCCCGCGUGCCGCCCCCGCCCCCCAUCGCCCGCGCCGUGGUGCCCUCCAAGCGCCAGCGCGUCUCCGGCAACACCUCCCGGCGCGGCAAGAGCUUCAACAGCAAGUCCGGCCAGCGCGGCUCCUCCUCCAAGUCGGGAAAACUGAAAGGCGACGACCUGCAGAGCAUCAAGAAGGAGCUGGGGCAGAUCAAGGCCAAGGUGGACGCGCUGCUCGAGAGCCUGGAGCGGCUGGAGCGCGAGCAGAAGGCCAAGAGUGACAAGGCCGAGGAGGAGCAGGGCGGCAGCGGCUCCAAGAAGGACGAGGCGGGCGGGGCCAAGGCCGAGGGCGGCAACGAGGACUCGGCCGAGGAGGGCGACCUGCUGGACGACGACGAGGCCGAGGAGAGGGGGGACGAGCAGCUGGAGUCGCUGAAGGGGGACGAGAAGGAGGCGGAGGAGGGGGAGGACGACCGGGACAGCGCCAACGGCGAGGACGAGCCCUGAGCCCCGCCCCCGGCCCCGCCGGCCCCGCCCCCGCCCCGCCCCCCGCCGUGCUCGUGCUGUCGUGGCCCCUCCCCCCCCCGGCGCCCUCCGUAGUUCGGUUGCCCCGCCCCCUUCUGUGCCCCGCCCCCUCACACGGCCCCGCCCCCACCCCCCAAGCCCCGCCCCCUCAAUUUUGAUACCUCGAGAUGACGAUUAAAAGACGGACGUUUGUA